AUGUCCUCCUCGCGCCCCUCGCUGUCCAUCGCCCUCCCCGCCAGCCUCGAUUUCCACUACACCGACGGUCAUAUGCCCAAGACUCCAGAGGCACAGCAAGAUGAGCAACAGCCUGCCGUAGACCCGCCUCCGCCACCGCGACCUCAGCCCUUCAAGGUGAAGAGAAAGCGCGUCUCCAGCGCGCCCUUCGCAGACCCCAUGGCAGACACCAUGGCAGACACCACCGUCAUCCCCACCAUCGAGAUGUCUGAAGUUGCGGCCGACAUCUCCAGUCCUACUCUACACCCGACCUCAGCACACCUCUUGUCACCUAUCCCAAUGUCAGCUUCUCUCUCGCGUGCCGUGACGCCGCCUAGGACACCAGCGCCUAAGCUUCACCCAACCUUCAGCCAGCUCGAGAGCCCGGCGCAGGAAUGGGACCUGAUCAACACCUCCCGACCCGCUUUCGAGCGUGCAGGCUCUGUCUGUUCCUCUUUCUCCGACUCGUCAGUAUCAUCAUACGGCAGCUCUGACUUCUCACUCCCAACCGGCGGCUAUGAUAGUCCAGCAUCCGAGGCCCCAGACCCAUUCACAGACGACUUCACACGCAAGCAGCACCUUCCACCUACCUUGCUUCAAUCGCCAAUGCAGCCGGACGGCGCACCCAAAUCCAAGCGGGUCAAGACUCGCCGCGACGUCAAGUGGACGCCGCAGAUGGACGACCACCUGUGGUUGACUUUCAUGUCCUACAUUUCCGACCCAGCCAAGACACCCUUCAAGAUGUUGCCUGGCAGUACGCCGCCAAUGGGCGUCUGUGACCAAGUGUCAUCGAAAGCGAAACGGACCUGGCGUCCGCGAAAGGCUGUCCCUGUCACGCCUGGUCCCGCUGAUACGUUACUCGAAACAAACGACAGGCAGCGGGAGGGAUCCCCCGACACCCUUCGACCAAGUUCCCUCCAGUCGGUACAGCCACGAUGGCCAAAGGCGGCUGCCACUCGACGUCGACUUCGUGAGCUAUGCACUCGCCGACCGUCCAUCUCGGCUCAUUACCAACGCAUGCUUCGAACACGCAGUCCAUCUCCCUUUGAAACUUCUAGUCCGGGCAGCCAGCAGCCAGAGCCUGCGUCCGCUUUCUCUGGGCUAGACAUGGUCAUGUCUCUUGUGACCUCGACAGCGCCAUCGAUGCAACCAGACGGUAUGCUUGCACAGCUUAGCAGCGACAAUACUCCACCGCCUCCACCGCAAAGGGUGCAGCGCCCGACUCGUCCGGAAGGUUGGUUCGACCGCAUUCCACGCUCCAAGGCUCACCAAAAGAGUGCUUCUCUGCAAUCGGAACUGAAGCUCAGCAUACAAGACAUGGCUUUCCAUGGCCCAGACUCGCUUGCUUCUCCAUUCGACGCAGACUCAGCCUCAAGCCGCUCUCACUUGCUUCACAGCAUGGCUCAGACCAAGUCGCUUGGGCGGACCGAGUUCAAUGGCAGGUCCUUGGAUUCACCUGUCGAGUUCAAAGUCGGGGCUCCCACUGAUCGCCGUUCGCGUAAGCGUCGCUUCCGGUCGGACGAGGAGAAGCCACGCAGGCCUCCUCUCGAGGAUGUCUUUGGUCCGCCGGUACAGAGCGGCAUCAUGCGUAAUCGUGGCUUCAGCGUUGGCGCUGUGCGUGCUACCGACAAUCUCACCAAGCUCUUCACGCCACCUUCGAUCAACGUCGACCACGUGAUGAGCGACGCAUCUGAAGGACCAAGCAAUGUAGAGGAUGUCCCAAUGGGCAGUCGUUCGGCCCCUCGACGACUUGCAGAGCCCGUACCUCGUCUGGGAUCCCCAUUUGUGGAGACACCUCCGCCGAGCCGACAGCACAAUACCUUUCCUCGCAGCAGCUUGCUCCCGAACGUGGCGAACCAAGAGCCCUUCUAUCAGCGGCUCACGGAGCUGGCGUCCAAGCAUGCCAGCGAUUCCACGCCAGAGUUUUAA